GCAUCCCAGGACACCCUUUAUUACUGAUCAGAAGGUGAACAUUUCAAGCUUUGCAGCAGUAGGUGGCACCAGUUCUAGACCCUUGAUGAUCAAAGCUCAUGGAGCCCUCAUGUUGAUCGCUUGGAUGACCACAGGCAGUGUGGGAAUGAUAUUUGCCAGGUACUUGAAGAAAUCCAUCAAGAAACCUCUCUUGGGUAAAGAUAUUUGGUUUCAGAUCCACUUUUUGAUGAUGUUGCUAACUGUCGUGGCAACGGCAAUCGCUUUCAUAUUAAGCUUUGUGGCAGCAAAUGGGUGGAGUGAGAGUGCAGGAGCCCAUGCUGUUAUCGGAUGCAUUGUCAUGAGUCUCUCUUUGAUUCAACCAGCCAUAGCUUUUUUCCGACCAUCUCUUCAAGAUAACCGGAGGUUUAUUUUUAAUUGGUUUCACAUGCUAAACGCAUUAGUCAUCAAAGUUUUGGCAGUUGCCGCCAUAUUUCUGGGACUGCAGAUGCUCAGCAGCUCUCCUAGCCAAUGGAUGGUUAAAACAAUGGGAGGCUUUGUGGCCUGGGAAUUCUUAGCUGCUAUCCUGAUGGAUGUAACUCUGUGGUUGAAAAAGAAAGAAAUGUAUGAAGAUUCAAACACCAAGGUGAAAAGUGAAGUGAUACUGCUGCUGUUGUACCUGUGUGGCAACCUGGCAUUUUUAAUAGCUCUGCUUAUAGGUAUUGGAAGUUCUUAAAAUCGGUUUCCCGUUUGGAGGAAGAAUGAGAAUGGCUUCUGCUCUUUUUCUACCCAGACAGAAAUUUCCGACCUCCUCUGUGCAAUUGUCUACCUGGAUGUACUGACAACUUGUUGAAAGGCAUCAACACUGAUCAUGAAAGUUGUUUGAUAAUGAUUCUGAAGGAAACUAAUUUACAAAUGAAGCCAAAUAUGGCAGAUCCCAAGUGCGUGAGUGUGUUGACAUGAAAUGCAUCUUUAGUCCUGACCAUGUUUGACGUACCGGAUCAACAUUUGGAUAUUGGUAGGGUUUCUUUUUCAAGCCAUGGCAAGAGAAACUCUCCCCCCCCUUCUUUUAUGAUGCCAUCUUAAUCAGUUAUUCUGUUACUUUAAAUUUAAGGCUGGAUUUACAAUUUCACUCUCAGAGAAAUUCUAAGUACUACAGAGGCUUCAUUAGUACUCCCCUUAACUUGACAAAUGCAAGCACAAUCAACACGCUCUUUCUACCACGCUGAGGCUGCAACCCUGCAAACAUUUAUUUGCAAGUAAACCCUACUGGCUGCUUUGGAAUGCAUGUCUGAUUAAGACUGCAGUGCCUGUGUGGUCAGCUGCACAGAUCUCUCGCCUCUGCAGACUGCUCCAUUCAUUUCAGAGGAAGAACACAAUCUGUGGUCACAUUUCUUGACAUGAGUUGUGCUAGGGAGCUCUUUCAUCAGUGAACAAUUACUGGGGCAUGGCAUAUAUUUAAUUAUGACAACCCCCAAAUUAAUCACAUUACUCUCUUAAUGUUUUCUCCCAUGGUUUUGCUCUCCUUAAAUUACUGAUCUAGUCCAGCAGCUAUUGGCAAGACCUUGGAUCGUCCCAAGCUGCAAAUGUUUUGUCACAUUUUACAACUCUGUGCCAGUGUUCAAAAACCGUUAGCAAUAGAAAGAUGUUUCACAUGUAACACUAAUCAUGAUAGCUGUCGAAGCACAGAUUUAUGAUUUUAGAAUCCAUUUGGCUCUGCAGUCUAAAUGCAAUACUGGCUGGCUGCCCCUUACCUGAGCCUCGUUCUCUGUUCUUCAUCCUCUUCCUUGCUGCUUGCUCAUUCCAGCCAUCCAGCACAGAAGAGAUGACGACUUCUUUUUGCCUCCCACAUGCCUGCAUUGUGUUAUUUGCCUUCAAUCUGCAAUCCUCAACAAUGUCCAAGGGGAAUUUUGUGGUCUUCCUCCACAAGACAGCACUUGCUGUUUAGCCUCGCCCCCCCGUCUCUGAAUACAUAGAACCAUAAAAUUGUAGAGAUGGAAGGGACCCUGAGGAUCAUCCAGUCCAACCCUCUGCAAUGCAGGAAUGUGCAAUUGUCCCAUACGGGGAUCAAACAUGCGACCUUAGAGUUAUCAGCACCACACUCUAACUGAUUGAGCUACCCAGCCUAUUCUCUUCUUGGCAACAGUGGCCAGAAAGAGGGGAGGAGAGCUCCAUUUUUUCCCUGGGUUGUUGACAGCCCCAGUGGGAACAGUCCAUUUGGCUAUGUAGACCUUGGCCUGGUACAGCAUGUUAAUUCUUACGCCUGUAAUAAUCCAAAGCAAAACACCAGCAUCAAUCAAAACAAAAAAAAAUUCCUUCCAGUAG